GUAGAAGACGAAGAAGAACCAGGUGGCUACAUUCAUCUGGAAAAAUUUCUUCCUGUGAUGACAAAAGUACUGCUCGACAGAAGCUACCGGCCUGUUCCAGAAGAUGUUCUUCUACAUGCGUUUGAGGUUUUGGAUGAGAAUAAAUGUGGAUAUGUUACUAAAGAGGAUCUGGUCAAAUAUUUGACUGAAGAAGGUGAGCCCUUUACUGAGGAAGAAAUGGAGGACAUGCUCUCCGUUGCUCUAGAGCCAGAAACAAAUACUGUUCGCUACAGAAACUACAUUUCAAAGCUGGUAGUAGAUGAAACUUAA